ACCAUCCCUCACCAUCAUCAUCAGGGUGAAGAACUGAAAGACAUCAAAGUUGAAGUUAAAAAAGAAGAAGAGGAGUCGUUUGUGGGCGGAGUUGAGUCUAUGGAGGAGGGAGGUCCUCUGCAUUCUUUGGAUUCCACACAGGAAGAUCGCACCAUUCGUCAUCAUGAUCUGGGGGAAGAACUGAAAGACAUCAAAAUUGAAGUUAAAAAAGAAGAGUUCUGUGUGAUGGACAAUCGGCAGUCUAUGGAGGAGGGAGGUUCUCUGUAUUCCCAGGAUUCCACACAGGAAGAUCACAUCAUCCCCCACCAUCAUCAGGGUGAAAAAUGGAUGGAGAUCAAAUUUGAGGUUAAAAAAGAAGAAGAAACAUUUGCAAAAGCAGAUCAGCAAUCUCUGGAGGAUGGUUCUCUGUAUUCCCGGGACUCCGCACAGGAAGAUCACACCAUCCCUCACCAUCACCAGGGUGAGGAACGGAUUAAUAUAAAAGCUGAGGUUAAAGAGGAAAAAGAAGAGAUGUAUGUGGGGGGUGAUCAGCCACCCAUGGAGGAGGUUGGGAUUAUUAUGAAAAGUGAACAGGAUGGAAAUUCUCCACAUAUCAACACAAAUGGAUGUGAUGUGAGGAAUUCCUCGGAGAGACAUCUUCUAUUAUCUGCUGAUUGUAAGUCAGAAGAUAUUGUCAUCACACAGGAUCCUCCAGGAGGAAAUCCAAAUACACAAAAUAUACAUCACAGACCUUCCUGUCCGGAGACAUCAAUGGAUCCCUCUGAUCAGGGGGAAUCUUCUCAUCAAUCACAUACUAUGAUUGUAAAUAUCCAUGUAAGAUCUCACACUGCAGAUAGAUCAACAGAUCCUUCUAAUCCCGAGGAAUCUUCCUCACCCCAUGAAGGAGAUCACAGAGGUGAGAAUAUAUUCACAUGUUCAGAGUGCGGGAAAUCUUUCACUCAGAAAGGAACACUUGUUGAACACCAGAGAAUUCACACGGGUGAGCGUCCUUAUUCAUGUUCAGUGUGCGGGAAAUCUUUCACUCAGAAGGGAACACUUACUAGACACCAGAGAAUUCACACAGGUGAGCGUCCUUAUUCAUGUUCAGAGUGCGGGAAAUGUUUCACUCAGCAAGGAGACCUUGUUAAACACCAGAUAAGUCACACGGACGAGCGUCCUUAUUUAUGUGUAGAGUGCGGGAAAGCUUUCAGUCUGAAGGGAAACCUUGUGCAACACCAGAAAUUUCACACUGGCGAACGCCCUUAUUCAUGUUCAGUGUGCGGGAAAUCUUUCGCUGAGAAGGGAAAACUUACUAGACACCAGAAAAUUCACACAGGUGAGCGUCCUUAUUCAUGUUCAGAGUGCGGGAAAUGUUUCACUCAGCAAGGAGACCUUGUUAGACACCAGAUAAGUCACACGGACGAGCGUUGUUAUUUAUGUGUAGAGUGCGGGAAAUCUUUCAGUCUGAAAGGAAGCCUUGUGCAACACCAGAAAUUUCACACUGGCGAACGUCCAUAUUCAUGUUCAGAGUGCGGGAAAUCUUUCAUUUGUAAAGAAGACCUGGUUAAACACCAGAGAAUUCAUACGGGCGAGCGUCCCUAUUCAUGUUCAGAGUGCGGGAAAUCUUUCAUUUGUAAAGGAAGCCUUGUUAAACAUCAGAGAAUUCAUACGGGUGAGCGUCCUUAUUUAUGUUCAGAGUGCGGGAAAUCUUUCACUCAGAAAGGACAACUUGUGAAACACCAGAGAAGUCACACUAUUCUCUAA